AUGUGUUCUGUAUUGAAACCAUUCUCGGUGACUGACUUCCGGUCGGAUCACCCAAUGGAACGUCUGAGCAGGAGAACACUUUAUCAGGGGAUAGCAGAUGGGAUCUCUAUGAAUACGCCGUCAUCUCUGGACACCGUUAAGGCAGAUGACUUGCAAACAACGCGUAGAAAUCAUUUACAAAAAUUACAUAAGAGCUCUAACUGCUCCCAUGAGAGAGAGGCUUCGCUUCCCGAUCUUCAGGUACAGACGACUGUAUCUCGCUCUCCGAAAUCUCCAGUAUCGGUAAGUAAACCUCACAUUAACGCCGAACCCGCCGAAACCACUCCAUAUCCCCAAGUGUGCAGCAACUGUGAAACAAAUCGAACGCCUCUAUGGCGCAGAUCGACUCAAGGGGAAACGCUCUGCAAUGCCUGUGGUCUCUAUUACAAAGCUCGUAACUCUGCUAGACCAACGAAUCUUAAACGGCCACAAUUUAUCUCUUCGGUACCAGCAGUAUUGAAAGAGGUGCCGGAAAGCUCAAUAAAACUACAAAACACAUCUCUUGGCUCGUCAUAUGUAGCCGCAGAUCAGACAGUUGGAGGCUCAUGUCCAGGCGGAGGCAAAUGUAAUGGGACUGGUGGCGCUAUAGGCUGUAGUGGCUGUCCUGCUUUCAAUAAUCGGAUUGCUAAAACGGCACAUUUCACUAUCUCGCAACAGGCCCCAUCGAUAAGUCAGUCUGCGAACACUCAACCCAUCAAUACCCCUUCGCCCAUAGAUAUGACAUCUCCUAGACUCCAAACUAGAAGUACUGCUGUUGUUGUGGCCUGUCAAAAUUGCGGUACAACUAUCACGCCUUUGUGGCGCAGGGAUGAGGGUGGUCGCACGAUCUGUAACGCUUGUGGCCUGUACUGUAAACUUCAUGGUGUCCACCGUCCCGUCACAAUGAAAAAAUCUACCAUUAAGCGCCGAAAACGACUAGUACCAGCCGUCUCAUCCGGAAAUUAUGACGUAACCUGCAGCUUGACUGCAUAUCCUGAAUUAGAACGGCCCUCUCCAUCUUCUGAGCCCUUAAGGGGUAGCAUUAAUCUAGACGGAUCGGUUAACCUAGGACAAAGCAUUCCUGCCAGUCAAAAUCGUGUUCUUCCUGACCCUCUGACAAUACGCUCUCAAAACACAGCAAAUAUUGCAACGAAACCUGCUUACUUAUCCACUGAAACCAAGUCUCACCCCGAAAAUCGAUUUCUGCAGCCAAAUAUCUGCGAUCAGAUCCUCCCGCACAUUGAUAAUUCUCUUCCUUCAACACAGAAUUUUGCCUCUCCAACUCCUCUAGACCCUCAACCCCAUCAAAAGAGAACUUUCUCACAAAUAGAACAAGAUUCAUCUCCAAUGGCACUUGCUGACUCCCAAUCACUUCAAACUAAUCGUCCUGGCUCCAUCGAGUCACUUCUAAAUCCGGGCUUUAAAGCACUCGACAGAUCUCUUCCAAACAAAUCAUUGGAUUGUUAUCCCGAUAUCACAGAAAAUAUCAGCUGCUCAUCAAGUUCGGCAGAUAAUUCUGUACAAAAGCAGUUGAUGAGAGCGAAAGGCGAGAAGCGUGUGGCACUACAACGAGAGGCUGAGAAUAUACGGGAAGCACUAAAGGCGAAAGAGCGGGAGUUGAGAGAGUUAGAUGUUGACUGA